AUUAUCCAUAUACUUUUAACCCACAUUAUUAACCCGUUAAAAUAUAUAGCCCCCGUUUUUUUACCCGUUGCCUUUUUUACCCUAAUUGAACAAAAAAUGCGGGGGUAUAUACAAUUUCAAAAAGGCCCCAACAUCGUAGGACCCUAUGGAUUAUUACACCCAAUUGCUGACGGAAUCAAACUUUUUUUUAAAAAACCAGUAUACCCUUCUACCUCCCCCCCCCCUCUUUUUCUAUUUCCCCCAAUACUACCCUUUAUAUUAUCACUAACAUUAUGAGCUCCCCUACCCAUACCAUUUCCGGGGAUUGAAAUUAAUCUCACCAUUCUAUUUAUUCCCCCUUUUUCAAGCUUAGCAGUAUAUUCAAUUUUAGGGUCAGGAUGAGCAUCCAACUCAAAAUAUGCCCUAAUUGGGGCCCUACGUGCCGUCCCCCAAACAAUCUCUUAUGAAGAAAGCUUAGGUCUUAUCUUAUUAAACAUCAUUAUUAUUUCCGGGGGUUUUACACUACAAACUUUUAAUAUCCCACAAAAAAGUAUCUGACUAAUCUUCCCCGCCGGACCUUUACCUGCAAUAUGAUAUGUCUCUACACUAGCAGAAACAAAUCGAACUCCAUUCGACCUAACUGAGGGAGAAUCCGAACUAGUUUCCGGAUUUAACGUAGAAUAUGCAGGUGGACCUUUUGCUUUAUUUUUCCUAGCAGAAUACGCCAAUAUUCUAUUAAUAAAUACACUUUCUACCAUUUUAUUCCUAGGAGCCUCAUACACACCCAACACACCAGAGUUUACCACAACAAAUAUUAUAACAAAAUCAGCCUUUCUCUCAAUACUAUUCUUAUGAAUCCGUGCUUCCUAUCCACGCUUACGAUACGAUCAACUUAUACACCUAGUAUGAAAAAAUUUUCUCCCCUUAACCCUAGCCCUAGUGAUUUGACACUUAGCCCUCCCAAUUGCUUUUGCAGGACUUCCACCACAAUUUUAA